AUGCACGACGAGGGACUCAUAGACUUCUUGGCUCGUUUCAAGAGGGUGAGAAUGAGCUUGCCGAAUGUGUCAGAGGGAAUGGCAGUAGCAGCCUUCCAGAAUGGACUAAAUAGGAACGGGUCGAGAGCGACCAAAAAAUUGCUAAGAAGGCUCAUGAAAUACCCUCCAACUACUUGGGAAGAAAUCCAUAACGCCUACUGUGCUGAGGGACACCUGAAAGAGUUGCUGAGCGAUCGAGGACGAGCUAACUUCGCCCCCAGACGCGAACAGCUCCAGGGAACUCCAAAACCGCCUUCUCCUGCUCGCACUAUACAGAUGAUCAUCGGUGGGGGCGAUGGCAUAACAAUCAAUCAUGUCAAGUUCACCACCACACAUAAACUCAAACGAUCAAUCACCUAUGAACGGUUUGAUGACCUCGAAGGCCGUAUCAUCUUCGAUAAGUUAGAUGCCGACGGUUUGUCUUUACCUCACUAUGAUGCUCUUGUUAUCACUUUACGUAUUGCAAAUACUAAUGUAAAAAGAAUAAUGGUAGAUGACGGGAGCGUCGCGUGUAUUAUCCAUCCUUGA